AUGCCUAUACUCAAGAGGCAGUGGCAGAAAGAUGACAACUUAGAAGCCAGCCUGGUAAAGCUUGGAGAAACUGAUGUCUGGGAAGAGCCGGACGGCUGCCCCGUGUGCGUGUGGCGGCAGCAUAGCCGCGAGCUGCGCCUGGAGAGCAUCAAGUCGCAGAUCCUAAGCAAACUGCGGCUCAAGGAGGCGCCCAACAUCAGCCGAGAGGUGGUGAAGCAGCUGCUGCCCAAGGCGCCGCCGCUGCAGCAAAUCCUGGACCUGCAUGACUUCCAGGGCGACGCGCUGCAGCCCGAGGACUUCCUGGAGGAAGACGAGUACCACGCCACCACCGAGACCGUCAUUAGCAUGGCCCAGGAGACGGAUCCUGCAGUGCAGACAGAUGGCAGUCCUCUCUGUUGCCAUUUCCACUUCAGCCCCAAGGUGAUGUUCACAAAGGUACUGAAGGCACAGCUGUGGGUGUACCUUCGGCCUGUGCCCCGCCCAGCCACAGUCUACCUGCAGAUCUUGCGACUGAAACCCCUAACUGGGGAAGGGACCGCAGGGGGAGGGGGUGGAGGCCGCCGUCACAUCCGUAUCCGUUCACUCAAGAUUGAGCUGCACUCGCGCUCCGGCCACUGGCAGAGCAUCGACUUCAAGCAAGUGCUACACAGCUGGUUCCGCCAGCCACAGAGCAACUGGGGCAUCGAGAUCAACGCCUUUGAUCCCAGUGGCACAGACCUGGCUGUCACAUCCCUGGGGCCAGGAGCUGAGGGGCUGCAUCCUUUCAUGGAGCUUCGAGUCCUAGAGAACACAAAACGGUCCCGGCGGAACCUAGGCCUGGAUUGUGAUGAGCAUUCAAGCGAGUCCCGCUGCUGCCGAUAUCCCCUCACAGUGGACUUUGAGGCUUUUGGUUGGGACUGGAUCAUCGCACCUAAGCGCUACAAGGCCAACUACUGCUCCGGCCAAUGCGAGUACAUGUUCAUGCAAAAGUAUCCGCAUACCCACUUGGUGCAACAGGCCAAUCCGAGAGGCUCUGCUGGGCCCUGCUGCACCCCUACCAAGAUGUCCCCAAUCAACAUGCUCUACUUCAAUGACAAGCAGCAGAUUAUCUACGGCAAGAUCCCUGGCAUGGUGGUGGAUCGUUGUGGCUGCUCCUAAGGUGGGGGACAGUGGAUGCCUUCCCCACAGACCCUACCCUGAGACCCCAGCCCUGGCCCCCAUCUCCCCAAGCCCUAGAGCUCCCUCCACCUCUUCCCACGAACAUCACACCUUGUUCCCUGACCAAGCAGUGUGCAAUACAACAGAGGGAGGCAGGUGGGGGUUGAGGGACAAGGGGUUGGGGAAACAGGAAAGGAGGGACAGACAUAGUUAGGGUGGAGUGUUUGAUGUUUGCAGGUAAGAAGGUUUGGCAAGAAGACAGAGAGAUGUAGAGACAGAAGUACAGAGGGAUAGAGACAGGAACAAACAGCAACAUUGAGAAGGCAAAGGAAUAGAGAAGAGACAAGAGACUAGGCAGAGACAAACAAUGAGAAAGAGACAGAAAUGGAGUAAUAAAUGAAAGCCCCACACCAAGCCUCCUUUCUUCCACUGGCAAGGUGAGGGGCUUGGUAUAGUUUGGGGAGAUCCCCUGACUAUCCAGUAGGAGAGGAAAUAAAAAAUCCAUUCUUAGCAUCUUCCCUCUCCCCCUACAACAAUAACCAGGGGAAGGGAAGCAAGGGCAGGGGCAAAAGUAAGGAUUUGGGAAUUUUAUUUAUUUAUUUAUUGUGACUUUUCUUUGUUUUUUCUUUUUAUUUUUGGGUACUUGGCUUUACUGGAAUAGGAGGGCCCCUGCCCACUAUGCCCCAUUUGUCCCUUAUGCCCCAAACCCUGCUCUUCCCCAAUACCCACCCACUUAAGCACUUGUAUAAAGCCUCCAGGGUUGGGAAUGGGAGUAAAGGGCAAGAGGGCUGAUAUAUGUGUUUCUAACCCAUAAGCAACCUAACUAACCAAAUGGGUUGAACUAAGUGGCCAUGGAAAUAGUACAAGAUUGGCGUUUAAGAGCUGAGGGAGGGGAAGUCCUCAACAUCCAGGAUCUAUGAGAGCGCCACUAAACUAACCCUCAGACCCACCUUCUCCAAGGUAUUGAUUUAGCCAGAGGGUAUAGCCUGUUUAUGCCCAAAUUACCCUCAGCAGAGAGAGACCAAAGAGCCUGUGGAAUGCCCCUGUUCCCAGCCUCUAUCUUCAGGUCAAUAAAAGAGUAGAGACCCCAAAGUCCCCCAGGUCUGGGUAAGAUUAUAAAGGGUCAAGAAAGGAAUAAUAAGGAGGCUGAAGGUUACAGGGCAUUUGAAUCCAAAUCACUGCUCUGGGCUAGGGAAUAGAAUCUGUAGACCAAGGUGGAAGGGAUUCUGGAAGGGGGACAUUUUAGUCCCCCACCCCCCAAAGCUCAGGGUGGAAGGAGGGAGAAAAAGGGAGCAGAGUGUCUAUAUAAUUUUUAAUCUUUUAUUUUUGGAGUAUAGAAGUACCUGGAAGCAGGGAGGGGAUAGUACAGUGGGGAAAGGCAUCUGACAAGGCCAGUUGACAGCAAAGAAUGGGAAGGAAGGAGAUUCCCUGGUUUGAAAGGCUAGGAAGCAGGCAGAAAGUAGUUGCCACUUCAUCUCACUAGCUGGGCCAAUUCAUUCCUCCCAUAAUCCUGACUCACUCUCCUCUGGACUCACUGUGCCUCAGUUUCUUCCCCUCGAUGGAAUGAGAAAUAGCAGCACCCGCCACAGCCAAGAGAUGAAUUCUGAGCACUUACCACGGGCACUUUAUGGACAUAAAAUACCUCUCGCUGUGGGACAAGAUAACCAGGGCACCAGAGUAGUGGUGAAGAUAUGUGAGGCUUAGAGGAGUCACAGGCUUCAGAGAGUACAAGUUCCCCUGCCUCCCAGAUGGACAGUGCCUGAAGCCAAGGAGUUGAGAAUCUCCACACCCUAUCCAUACCUCACCAGCAGAUCUCUUGGCUCCAGGCAAGAGCCUAAGGAUGUCAGGAAAGCAGGGGGUGGGCUGGGGGGGAUGUGGAGACCUACAGCAAAAUGGUACUCUUACGUAGAGCCAGCAGUUAUGGUCUGGUAGAAACAGUACUGAACUGAAGUAAAGCCUGAGGUGGAGAGCAGACCUGGAAGGCUUAUUCUUCCUGAGCACAUGUCUCUCCUGCUUGGACCAGACCACUGAAGGGGCAAAUGUAUGGUGACCAUGCUUGGGAAGGUGAUGCUGGUGAAAUUUAGCAUCUUACUUCUAUUCUCAUAGUGAGAAAAUGAGAUAAGGUAUUUCAGUAGAGGAAUGAACAGGGACUGUCAAGCUUUUCAACUCACCUUCCAUAUUGCAGCUAUUUUAACCCCAAGUCUUUCCUCUCUGGCCCUAUUCUUCACCCUUCUGCCCCAGUCUUGGAGAACAAGACACACCUGACCAUUCACAUUUCUUUGGUGGAAGGAGAGGAGCAGAAAAGUGAAGAAUAGCACAUGCUUCCCUGCAAGGUCAAAUACCUCUUGAUCUUGGACAGGGUGGGGACUGGGCAAUAAACAUUAGGUAACUUCCCUCUACAAAAUCUAAACAGCUAGGGCAUUAAACUUGGGGGACACUUAAAAAAUUGCCCUUUAAUACCACCAAAUAAAGACCUUUGCAGAGUCAGGAAAGCAGUCAUUUCUCCUAGGAAUAUAAAUCUGAGUUGAAAUUGCAGUCCCCUGUUCCUCCCUAUCCCCAAAGAGGCAUGGGAUAGAAAAGCUUGGAGACAACCCAGCAACCCAGUGGGGGCUGGCACCCUUCCCCCACCUUAUGUGUGUGGACCUGGCCAGUGCCCCUCAGAACAUAUCAUUACUGGUGUAAUUAUUUACUUUGUGUAUUUGUUA